UCGAUAUUAUCAGAAAAAAGCUCAUCCCCAAACCCUAAUAUAUAAACAGCGGCAGCCAUUGUUGUAAGCUUCCACUGCAAAUUAGGGUUUCUUCAAGCUGCUGAGUAUCUCUGAAUUUUCUCACCAUCAAGCUCAGCUGAAGCCAUGUCGAGGAGAAAGACCAGGGAGCCUAAGGAAGAGACUGUUACACUUGGACCAGCAACGAGGGAAGGUGAAUUGGUGUUCGGUGUUGCACACAUUUUUGCAUCGUUCAAUGAUACAUUCAUUCACGUUACUGAUUUGUCUGGAAGAGAAACUAUGGUUCGCAUUACUGGUGGAAUGAAGGUGAAGGCUGACAGAGAUGAGUCUUCUCCGUAUGCUGCUAUGCUUGCAGCUCAGGAUGUGUCACAGCGAUGCAAGGAACUUGGAAUUAAUGCUCUUCACAUUAAGCUCCGAGCUACAGGAGGCAACAAGACCAAGACUCCUGGUCCUGGUGCCCAGUCCGCUCUCAGAGCUUUGGCUCGUUCUGGCAUGAAAAUUGGACGUAUAGAGGAUGUUACUCCAAUUCCCACCGAUAGUACUCGCAGAAAGGGUGGUAGAAGGGGAAGGAGGCUGUGAAGACUCUUUCUUUUCUGCAGCAUGUUGCAAGUUGGACGAAAAUAUUGUUGUCGAAAAAUGCAGCUUUCGAUAUCUAUUUACAUUUGAUUUCUGAACACUUUGUAGUUGAGCACUUUUGGUUUCGAAACCACCUUCAUUUUGAGUUUUGCCAGCUUUUCGAGAUAGUUAAGUUCUCUUAAAUUUGGUUUAUGCAGGCUAAUUGUUGGAUAAAUUUAUACUCUUUUUAACUUCACAAUUCUGUUAGUUAUAAA